AUGCGCCUCCCUGCGCACCUCGGCCUGCUCGCGCUCGUCGCUCCCUCUGUUUACGCGGCCUCUUGGGGUUUCACUGAUGCCACCGUGUCAGUAAGUUCCAAGUCCGCGACAAGCAGAGUGAAGGAGAGUCUCAAAGAAAAUGCACCUCUGUCGACUCCCAUUACGCUCGGCGACUCGGACUCUCUCAAGCUUCUCCUCACAACGCAGGAAGACCGCAGCGCAAAACGGCCACAUCAGGCAUUUCUACUGCUCAAGGACUCUGCUACCGGUCUAGACGUCUCAUAUCCUUUCAGCGUCAAGAAUGACGGCAAGUCCAAGGUCGAAUUGAGCAAGAAAGACAUUCCCACCCAAUUCCUAGGCACAUCAGAGCCUGUCGAUGCCGAAAUCGUCAUCGGCUCAUUCGGAGCUUCCGACGCCUAUCGCAACCUCGCUUUCCAGCUAUCAAUCAACAGCGAUGCCAGUGCGCCGGCCGCAUCUGACGCCGUGGAGAGAUACGGAAAGCAGCCUAGGAUAAAUCACAUCUUCAAGACCGAUCCCAAAAGUCCUCCACAAAUCAUUACCUUGAUCUUCCUCUUGUCGACAUUAGUUACCAUCCCGGUUUUGGCAGGAAUGUGGAUGUACUUCGACGUCAACCUCAACCACCUCUCCGUUGCCUUGAAAGCUGCACCAGUCCCUCACAUCGUUUUCGUGUCGUCCGUCAUUGGUCUGGAGGGUAUUUUUUUCAUGUAUUACACAAGCUGGACUCUGUUCCAAAUGCUUCCCCCUUCUCUCAUCGUCGGCGCUGUUGCUUUUCUCAGUGGAAGCCGUGCCUUGAGUGAGGUACAAGAGCGACGACUAGCUGGCUUGCGGUAA